AUGCCUUUGACUCCAGAGGAAAUUAAGAAUGUUGUCGUCCAAAUGGGGGGGGGGGGGGGGGAGGAUCCUGGUCCUGAUGGUUUUACAGGCCUCUUUUAUCAAAAGCAUUGGGAUAUUUUGGGGGAAGCUGUUGUUGAUAUGACUCAAACCUGCUUUAGAACUGGUAACAUUACCAAGGUUUUUGAUCAUACCAACAUAACUCUCAUCCCAAAAGUCCCUCUUGCUGAAUUGGUAACCCAGUGUAGGCCUAUUGGCCUAUGUAAUUUUAUUUAUAAAAUUCUUUCAAAAACUCUAGCUAAUAGACUGAAACCUUUUAUGAACAAUAUUAUUUCCCAAAACCAAAGUGCUUUUAUCCCUAAGAGGAGUAUCUCUGAUAACAUUUUGCUUUCUAAUGAGGCCAUAUAUGCUGUCAAUCAUAAUGAUAAAGUUGAGGGCAUAACUGACAUCAAACUUGACAUGUCUAAGGCCUAUGAUAAGCUUGAGUGGGUUUUUCUUGAGAAAGUCUUAACUAAAAUGGGUCUGUCUAAUCAUUGGGUUAAACUGAUAAACCAGUGUGUCUUCACUGUGUUUUAUUCUGUCCUUCUUAAUGGUAGCCCUACAGGUUUCUUUCAACCUGAAAGACGUCUAAGACAGGGAGACCCUCUAUCUCCCUAUCUUUACAUCAUUUAUUCUGAAGCCCUAUCUUCUUACAUUGAUAGCCUCCAAAAAAAGGACUAUCUUCAAAAAUAUAGUCUUGCUUCUGGGCAAGAAAUCAAUUUUGAAAAAUCUGGUAUUUUGUUUAGUAGGAAGAUUCCUGAACAUAGGAAAGCCAUCUUGGCUAAUAUUUUAGAUAUCCAAAGCAGGGAUUUAGGAGAAAAAUAUCUUGGAACACCUACUGUUUUCCAAGCUUCUAAAAUCCAGACACAUAUGGGUAUUCUCCAAGCCAUUGAUGUCAGGAUCUCUAUCUGGCUUCACAAGCUCUUAUCCCAAGCUGCUAGGACUACUCUGAUCAAGCACAUUGGUCAAGCUAUCCCUCUUUUUCAAAUGGGAGACUUUCUUAUCCCUAAACACCUUUGUAGACAGAUGGACUCUCACCUCUGUAAAUUCUGGAAGGCUGAGUUAAACAACCUAGAAAUGCUUGCUAGGAAUGCCUGGAGAAUCCUGGAAAAUCCUAACUGUCUUCUGGCCACUGUUCUUAAGGUCAAAUAUUUUCCCGAAACUGAUUUUUUGAAUGCUAAGUGUACUGCUAAAUGUUCUUGGACUUGGAAGUGCCUGCAUACUAUUAAGGAGCUUAUAAAACCUUUUAUUUCUUGGAUUGUUGGGGAUGGUCAAUUUAUUGACCCAUGGUGUGAUAAAUGGAUUCCCUCUCAGGGUUCUGCCACACCCAACCCUCUUGUUCCUCCUGAUCCUAGUAUUAAAGUUGCUUAUUUCAUUGAUUCCCAAUCCAGAAGUUGGGAUGUAGGCCUUAGGCCAUCCCCUUGUAAAAAUCUUUGGAAGUGCAUUUGGAAAGUUAAAGUUCCUUACAGAAUUCAGGUCUUUUUAUGGAGAGCAGCUAGAAAUGUUUUGCCCUCCGGAACCAUUCUCCAUACUAGAAUGCCUAUGCAUAGUGUGGAUUGUCCUAGGUGUUCUGAUCCUCAGGAAACUAUUAUGCAUGCUUUGUCUCUCUGGACCAGUAGAAACAAUCUCAUUUUGCAAGGCAUUAGAGAAAACUACACUGCUGUCUUAGCUAGAGCUAUGCUCCUCACUAGGAAUUCUAAAAAUCAUAGUUUGACUACUCCCUCCACCGUACAUGUCAGUAUUAGUGAUAAAUGGAUGCCUCCUUCUUUUGGUUGGAUUGAAUGCAAUAUUGAUGGUGCCUUUGAUGAUAUCUCUGGAGCUAAUGGUGCAGGGUUUGUGAUGCGUGAUUUCUCAAGAAAAGCAACCUUUUGUGCCUCCUUAGUCUUUGAUGUUCACUCUGCUGAAGAAGCUGAAGCAAGGGCCAUCGGGGCAGUUCUGAAGAAAGUUGUGGAACAACAUCUCUCUCACAUCAUUGUUGAAAGUGAUGCAAAAGCUCUCAUCGAUCAAUUUUCAGCUGGGAAUUUCGAUGGAGACUCUAGGAUGGAUGCUAUCUUUAAAGACAUUUUCUUUUUUUCUUCCAAAUUAUUUGCUUGUAUCUUUAGUUUUCAGCCUAGAAGUUGUAAUUCUGUAACUCAUGAGCUUGCUCAAUGGGAAAAACAAAACAAUUCCUCCAUGUACUGGUCUAAACCCCCUGUUUGGAUCCUUCCAAUAGUUGAGGAGGACCAUUAG